AUGGCUACCAGAAAUUUCACAAUACAUAUGAUCUUCUUAUCAGAGAAUAUAGUUGGAGUCCUGGGGAAUGUCUCUCUUCUUUACCGUUAUCUCUUCCUUCACUUCACGGGAUGCAGGCUGAGGGGCAAAGACUUGAUCGUUGAACAUCUGCUGGUAGCCAACAUCUUGGUCCUGCUCCCUACAGGAAUCUCAGAUACAAUGAUACCGUUUGGGUGGAAAAAUUUUCUCACUGAUAUUGAAUACAAACUUGUUUUCUAUAUUCACAGAGUGGCCAGGGGUGUGUCCAUUGGCACCACCUGCCUUUUGAGUGUCUUCCAGGCCAUCACCAUUGGCAUCCUGAGCACAAGGUGGGCAGAGCUUAGAGUGAAAGCUCCCAAGUACAUUGGGUCUUCUAUUUUCCUCUGCUGGGUCCUACAAUUGAUGAUAAAUAUAAUUUUUACUAUGCGUGUGACUGGUAAUUGGAGCAACAAAACCAUCACAAAGAAAAAAGAUUUGGGAUUAUGUUGUUCAGUAUUUCAUGGCAGAAUUACAGUCUUACUGAAUACAGGAUUGUCAUUAUUUCCUGAUGUUCUUUGUUUGGGGCUCAUGAUCUGGAGCAGUGGCUCCAUGGUUUUCAUCCUGUACAGGCACAAGCAGCAGGUCCAACACAUUCAUAGGAACCAAAUCUCCCCUAGAUCCUCUGCUGAAGCCAGAGCCACCCAAAGCAUCCUUGUGUUGGUGAGCACUUUUGUGUCUCUGUACACUCUCUCUUCCAUCUGUUUCUUGUAUGUGACUCUUUCUGAUAAUCCCAGCCAGAACCUGGUGAUCUUUAUUGCACCAGUUACUGCAUGUUUCCCAACUGUAAGCCCCUACAUUCUCAUGAGCCGUGAUCGCAGAGUAUCCACAUCUUUCCUGUCCUGGAUAAGGAGUAGAUAA